GGGGCGUUUGCCAGGGCGAGGAGGAGGAGGAGGAGGCCUGUGAGGUGCUUUCUCUUUCCCAUCUGAGUCUGAAGAUCAGGCUUAAUUAUCAGGCCCCGGGGGACACUGCUGGCUCCCACACAGGACACUGUGGUGGAGCCUGCUGGAGAGUGUGAGUGGCACUGUGCCUGUGCCAUUUUACUGAGGGCCUUCUGAGGAGUCUGUGGAGUCACACCUGGCCUCUUGCCAUCCGGGACUCGCUGGUGAAGUGGAGCCAGGGCCCCCGUGGGAAAGACUGAGGUGUGGGAGAGUGCUGCCCACGCCAUGGGGGAGUCCACCCCAGCCAACACCCUCUGGAUAGCAGAAAGGAUGUCCCAGAAGAGCUGCAAAAGCCCUUCCACAGCCUCAUCCUCUCCAAGUCUCCUGGAGGUGAAGGAGCGGGAGUCCCUGUCCCAGCAAUCACAGGCCACCAGUUCAAAGAGCAAGGACUCCCUCAGCAGUCUCGAGUGCCCCCCCAGGACUCUGGUGGCCUCAGAGUACCUGCCCUUCUUUCGCACCUACGAGCAGCUCCAGGAUGAGGAGGAGCUGGCCCCACAGGCUGAGUUCUGCAGGGACCCAGGAGGCUGGAGUACCCCAAAGACACCGUUCCCCAAGGACUCGGAGCCACCCGGCGGGUUCUGCCCUUACUUCCGCUCAGAGGAGGAGAGCCUCUCCAGCCUAGCCCCUCCCCACGGGUGGUGCAGGGGCCCCCAAAGCCCACUCCCCAACAGGGAGGCACAGGGUGGCUGUUUCUGCAGGAUGACCGUGAGGGACAAGUGCUCUGCUGUCUCUGUGGGCUCCCACCUCCUCUCUGGGUCCUCAUGCUCCCUGGGCUGCUGCCCCAUCCUGCUGGUCUCAGAGGGAUGCUCCCGGGACAGCAGCCUGGGCAUCACUGUCUGCAGUAGCCAUGACCUUGGAGCCGAGGGCCUGGUGCCCUACUACAGAACCCCCGAGGAGGAGCUGCGCACCAGCCCGGGGCCUCCUGUCUCUCAGUCAGGGAGCCUGGGGUCCUCAGGGGAGCUGCCUGGGCCCAGUGCAGCCACACUGUGAGGAGGAAGCGGCCCCUGGACAACCAGCCCCUGGCACCCAUGGCCUCAACGGUGCCAUCUGUAGCCUGCCCUAGGCUGGGAACAGAGGGGCUGCUGAGCAACGAGGGGUGCAGACACCCAGAGGCUGGUUUUGCAAAUAAAUCAUAUCACUACAAGAGUUGGCACUGGUUCUUCGGAGUAACUGCCACAGCUUCCAUGUAUGGAGCAUUUACUAUAUAGUACGCACUGAACAGAGAACAUUUCCAUGAUCCUUAAAGUCCAUUCUACAGAUGAAGAAACAGGCUUAGAGAGGUGAAGCAACAUACCUGAGCUCUCACAGCAAGAAGUAGAGCUUAGAUUCAUACCAGCUCUGUCUGGCCUUGGGGCCUAAAUCCUUAAGCACUUCCCCAUGGCAUCCCUCCUAUGAAGGGACCAGGAAAAGAGCCACCUGCUGCCCUCCAGGCUUCCCCUGGACCCAGCCCCACCCGAUCCUUUGACCCGUUGCCUAUGUGUGUUUCCUUCCCAUGCCCCUGCCCUUUGAAGCAGCAGGUGGGGACAGAGACUCAGCCCACAUCUUCUAGGCCUGGACCCUGUGGACAUGUUUUCUGGUGGCCAGUCGGACCUGCGACCCCAGGCUCACACAGCAUCGUGGCAGAGGCCAAGUGGCUGAAGCACUCAGGGGUUGGAGGGGUGAGAGUGUGCUGGCCCUGCUUAUUCCUGGGACCAGCCACAGGGCCUGGCUCCUUUGGCACCCAGUCAUACGCGUGGGUCCCAAGUUCACAGCCACUCUGUCCUGUGGUGCUGGGUUUAUCGCCCCCCACUAAACUCUCUGCCCCCCAUGGGGUGGUCUCUGCUGCUUUUGCCUGGAAUGAGGACGGGGAAGCUGAGGAACAGCCCAGGUAC